GCUACAAGGAACUGUCUUUGCCUCAGCAUCGACUCACUCGAGUUCCGCUUACAAUGAUAGCUUUCCCGAGGCCCACGAAGCUACCUGGUACCUAGGUAGACAAUCUUGUGAGCUUUGGCAGUUUCGAGCCGAAUCCCCGCGCUAUCCUUGCCAUUCCCCAAAUCUCAGCCGCGGUCGAGUUCUAUCAAUGUUGAGCCGAGGAUAGCACUCUCGAUGACACUGACCAACAUCAAUCUACUGCAAAACGAUGCAUGAGCCUCCCUCAAAUACUGUAAUGCUGACUUGCCUAGAACAGGACCUUCUGUACCUCCAUCCUCCUUGACCUCCUUUGUUGGCCUCCCCUCAGAAUGCCUCGAGCACCUCGUCCACCGUUGAAAGCGCCAGAAUCUUACACCUCCCUUUCCUUGCACCAUGUCAAAGUGUCCCAUGUGCCAGAAUCCUCUCCCACCACGACCCCCGUAAUCCUGAUUACUCUCAACAGACCAGAAAAACAUAAUGCGUUUACAGACACUAUGCGGGAAGAUCUGGAGCGGAUAUACGAGCUCAUCGACAUUGACCCUAGGGUCAAAGUGGUUGUCUUGACCGGUGCCGGGAGAAGCUUUUGCGCCGGUGCUGAUCUCGAUAUUGGCUUCAUAGGAGCGAAGGAUGAAGAUGGAGUGAUUAGAAACCCCAAAACAGAGCGAGACGUGGAUCAUCGAGAUGGUGGCGGAAGAGCCUCCCUGGCGAUACAUCACUGCUCUAAACCGACGAUUGCUGCGAUCCAGGGCGCUGCCGUUGGUGUAGGCAUCACCAUGUGCUUGCCAGCCUGCAUACGGAUUGCUUAUGCCAAAGCUAAAGUCGGCUUCGUUUUCAGCAGACGUGGGCUUAUCAUGGAAGCAUGCUCAUCAUAUUUCCUGCCACGGUUGAUUGGACACUCACGCGCACUACAUCUAACCACGACGGGUUCGGUGUAUCCUGCAGAGCAUCCAUUAAUGGGCUCCCUCUUCUCGGAGACGUGCCCAACCCCAGAAGCUACAUUAUCUCGGGCGCUAGAACUUGCGGAUGAGGUUGCGAAGAAUACAUCCACAGUCUCGACGAAGAUGAUGAGAGAGCUCAUGUACAGGGGUCCGGACAGUGCUGAGGGAGCUCAUCUGCUUGACUCGAGAAUCAUUCAUGGCUUGUUUGGUAGCAAGGAUAAUGUCGAGGGUGUCGAAAGCUUCUUGCAGAAGAGACAGGUCAAUUUCAAUGGGCAGGUGCCUCAAGAUGCGCCAGAUGGAUAUCCUUGGUGGCAACAGAUCGAUAUUGGCGACAAGCCGGUGGAGAAGAGGAUGGCCAAAUCGAAGCUCUGAACAUUGGUUGUGAUGCACACCAUCAUAUCCAUGUCAGUAUACCAGUACCUCAGAUAUUAUGGCUGGCUGUUCGCCAUUAUGGGAAUAUCUUUAUCUGCUAGAAUGUGAAUGACUGAGCGUGGCAGCAACAGCCAUAGAUUUUCUCCUAGAUUCAGUAGCU